UUAGUAUUGCUUUUUUUGUAUAGAUGUCAGAGGAUACCAAAAUGAAUGAAGUUAGGAAAGUAAAUUAGGUUAUGUUUUAAUUUCAAUGUUUUAAUAAAUUUAGAAACAAUGUGGAAAACCCUUGUUACAACUUUCGGUUCACCGGCAAAUCUUCAAAAGGGGUUUUUGGUAGCUAAAGAAUUAUCUCACCAACAGUUGAGAACAACUUACAUCCUAAAACGAAAAUUCGCCCCACAACUCCACCAGAAAGGAAAGAAACCCAAAACUCUGAGAAGUAGGCACUACGUUUAUGAGCUGGUCGAAGAUACGACCAUAGUCAAGCAACCGGAAAUAGACCUCAUACUCACCUCCUAUGUAGAAGGAUAUGGUAAUAUCGGGGAGAGAGUAUCAGUACGUCCCAACUUUGCCUACAACAAUUUGUUACUUCCCGGGUUAGCGGUUUAUCCUACUCCUGAAAAUACUGAGAAGUACAAAGAUUUCAAGACCAAUGACUCGGAUGUCACAUACAGUUCUGCAAAUGCCUUAUAUACACUCAAAGCGCUGCAAAGAAUGACACUCUCAGUCAUUAUGAACAAGGAAAUGCCUUGGACUAUCAAACCUUGGCAUAUCAAGGUCUCGUUUCGUAAAUGCGGUUAUGUCGUUCCGGAAGAAGCCAUUGCGAUUCCAGAAAAACCAAUAUCAGGCCCCAAUAUGGAUUUGGAGAAUAAGGAAUUCGCAGUUACUGUGACAAUUAAUAAGCAAGAGAAGGUGGACGUGAGGUGUAGAAUACAUCAUUGGAGUACUGACGUAGUGGAUAGGAUACCGUAUACACACGAGUUCUGGGAAAUUCCAACAGAACCGAUUUUACCAGAUCAGGAAUCUGUUCUUAAAGCGAUACCAAAAAGGCCUCCUGUGAAACAUAAAGUUAUUCCCAAAAAUUAGAAUGUUUCUGUGAAAUGUUGAAGCGAAUGAAAUAAAUACAGUGUUUUUUGUAUUUA